AAAGAAACCCACUCCUUCCUCAUUUCUCUGCAUCUUUGCCUAUCUGCAUUGUUUCUCUUCCACGAAAGAACUCUCUCUAACUGCCAAAAUUUCACAUAUUAAGAAACCCAUAUUAUACAAAUUUAAGCAUGGAAACCACUUCAACAUCAACGAGAACCAACAGCAACAACACGCCUUUCUCUUUACUUUCACGAGGAUGGAAAGAAGUCCGUGACUCAGCCGACGCCGAUCUCCAACUCAUGAGAGCACGAGCCAACUCAUUCAAGAAUUUAGCCAACUCAUUCGAUCGCGAAAUCGAAAAUUUCUUUAAUUCAGCUUCAAUUGCAUCCUUCUCUGUACCUUCACCGCUCAAAUCCUCUACUUCACCUACAGAAGUUGAUUUUGUGAAGAAGCUGCGGCCAAAAUUUUCCGAAAUUCGGAGAGUUUAUUCGGCUCCGGAGAUAAGUAAGAAGGUUUUAGAGAGGUGGGGGCCGAGAGCGAAGUUAGGGAUUGAUUUGUCGGCGAUAAAGAAUGCUAUUGUGGCGGGGGAGAAGGAAGGAGAGGAGAGAAGAGGGGUUGUGGGUCUUGAUAGGAGGAGGAGAUUGGGGUUUAGGGAGUUCUGGGGGGAAGGGAAGGAGGGAGGAGGAGGGCAAUUUGGGGAAUGGAAGCCAAUACGGGUUUUGAAAAGGAGGUUGAGGGAAUUUGAGAAGAAAAGUGAGUUCGGUGAGAUAUUUGGUGGGUUUAAGAAUAGCGAGUUUGUGGAGAAACUGAAGUCUAGCUUGAAAGCAAUCCACAAGGAGCCUCAGGAGUCAAAGGAAGUACCACCACUGGAUGUCCCUGAACUAUUGGCAUAUUUGGUCAGGCAAUCUGAGCCAUUCUUGGACCAACUUGGUGUCAGAAAAGAUGUUUGUGACAAGAUAGUGGAGAGCUUGUGUAGUAGUCGCAAGAACCAACUUUUGUUACCCUCGCUGUCUUCAGGAGAAUCGACCCUCCUUGACGAGAAUGCAAAUGAUGAACUGGAUUUAAGAAUAGCCAGUGUUCUUCAAAGUACAGGGCAUUGUUAUGAUGGAGGCUUUUGGACUGACUUAUCAAAGCAUCACCCAUCUGAUAGGAAGAGGCAUGUUGCAAUUGUCACAACUGCUAGUCUUCCAUGGAUGACUGGGACAGCUGUUAAUCCACUUUAUCGAGCAGCAUAUUUAGCAAAGUCUGAAAAGCAAAAUGUUACCCUGCUGGUUCCAUGGCUUUGUAAGUCAGAUCAAGAGCUAGUUUAUCCUAACAAUCUCACUUUUACUUCACCAGAAGAGCAGGAGAAUUAUAUACGAAACUGGCUUGAGGAAAGGAUUGGCUUUAAAGCUGAUUUUAAGAUCUCGUUUUAUCCCGGAAAGUUUGCAAAAGAAAGGAGAAGCAUAAUACCUGCUGGAGAUACUUCCCAGUUCAUUCCAUCAAAAGAUGCUGACAUUGCCAUCCUGGAAGAGCCAGAACACCUGAAUUGGUAUCACCAUGGAAAGCGUUGGACUACGAAGUUCAAUCAUGUUGUUGGUGUUGUCCACACAAAUUAUCUAGAAUAUAUCAAGAGGGAGAAGAAUGGGGCUCUCCAAGCAUUCUUCGUCAAACAUAUAAACAACUUGGUUACACGAGCAUACUGCCACAAGGUCCUUCGCCUUUCUGCUGCCACCCAGGAUUUACCGAAGUCUGUCAUUUGCAAUGUUCAUGGUGUGAAUCCAAAGUUUUUGAAAAUUGGGGAAAAAGUUGCAGCUGAAAGUGAACUUGGGCAGCAAGCCUUCUCAAAAGGAGCAUAUUUCUUAGGCAAGAUGGUAUGGGCCAAGGGAUACAAGGAGUUGAUAGAUUUGUUGGCAAAGCACAAGAAUGAUCUUGAUGGCUUCAAUUUAGAUGUUUUUGGAAAUGGAGAAGAUGCAAAUGAAGUUCAGACUACAGCUAAAAGAUUGGAUUUGAAUCUCAACUUUCUGAAAGGAAGAGACCAUGCGGAUGAUUCUCUUCACGGGUACAAAGUUUUCAUAAAUCCUAGUCUCAGUGAUGUGCUCUGCACGGCCACUGCUGAGGCACUAGCAAUGGGAAAAUUUGUUGUAUGUGCGGACCACCCAUCAAAUGAGUACUUCAGGUCAUUUCCCAACUGUUUGACUUACAAGACAUCUGAGGACUUUGUUGCAAGAGUCAAGGAAGCAUUAGCAAAUGAACCUCAUCCUCUUACUCCAGAGCAAAUUUACAACCUCUCAUGGGAGGCAGCCACCCAGAGAUUUAUGCAGUAUUCGGAGCUUGAUAGAGUCUUGGAUCCUGAAAAAGAUGAUGUAAAACUGAGCAAAACUAAUGGGAGGAGCAUCACAAAAGCAGUUUCAACGCCUAAUAUGUCAGAGAUGGUUGAUGGAGGGUUGGCGUUUGCCCACUACUGCCUCACAGGGAAUGAGCUUCUUAGACUCUGUACUGGAGCCAUACCCGGGACACGGGACUAUGACAAGCAGCAUUGUAAAGACCUCCAUCUCUUGCCUCCACAAGUAGAAAACCCGAUCUAUGGAUGGUAAGUAGAUAGAACUGUCGAUAUCGCAGAUCUCCUGUAUAAUAAUCACGCACAGUAUGUAGGAUCCUCCUAAACUAGCUAGUUGGAAGAAAGUUUUCUUUCAUUACUGAUGUAUUUAUAUCUGAAGCAUACGUAUUUCUACAGCCACCUCCAAAUUUUGUUUUUAUUUCUUUUCAAUAGAUACAGGUAGAUGCUAAAGUAUGUAUGUAGUGGUGAUUCCAAGUGCAAGUAAACUGUGCGUUUAUGUAAGAAAGUAUCAAUGAUAAAUGUCUCUUAAGUUGGAAGUUCAUUUUCGGCA